AUGACCACAAUUCCCGUUCAAGAAAAGCUCAAACAGCAAUUCCCAGACCUGGUGUAUACACCCCUUCUUGCUCCUGGUAAACAUCCAGUUUUUACUUACAACGGUUUCCAUCCCGGGAAAAUUGAUCAACUACCCCGUGGCCAUGUCAAAGAACCAGGAUACCAAGCUUUCUCUGUUGAUGUGACGUGGGAGCAUGAUCGGGCAAUUCCCAUGAGAGAUGGCGUCACCAUCUACGGUGAUGUUUUUCGACCAUCGAACGAAGAGAAUAAGGUUCCUGCGAUCAUUCCAUGGAGUCCCUACGGAAAGGUCGGAAGUGGUGCUCAAGACUAUGAUCGUAUGGGUCCUUGGCGUAUGGGGAUUCCGUACCAACACUUGAGUGGAUAUGAAACCUUUGAGGGUCCUAACCCAGCGGACUGGUGUGCCAGAGGUUAUGCUGUUGUUGAUAUUGAUGCUCGGGGUUGUGCACAUUCGGAGGGAGAUAUUGCUUUCUGGGGCGAGCAGGAAGCUACCGACAUCUACGACUCUAUCACAUGGGUAGCUAAGCAGCCCUGGUGCAACGGGUCUGUGGUCAUGAUGGGAAAUUCUUGGCUUGCAAUUUCGCAGAUCAAUUUUGCCUCUCGAUUCACUCACCCAAAUCUCAAAGCAAUUGCUCCAUGGGAGUGCAUGACCGACCCAUAUGCACAUAAUUUGAUAAGAGGGGGAAUUCCCAACGCAGGAUUUAGCGAGUUUAUCACGCGUGGAUUUGCAGGCUUUGAAAAUAUCGAAAAUAUCGGUGCCAUGGUGCGGCAACGCCUACUCUUUGAUGACUAUUGGGACGCCAAAAAGAUCAAACCGGAGAAUAUCCACAACAUUCCAAUGUAUCUGACAGCUUCCUACUCUACCGGCCUUCACUGCGAAGGUUCAUUCCAUACCUUCGAAACUGCUCAGACCUCCCGCAAAUGGUUUCGAGUUCAUGCAUCCCAGGAAUGGCACGAUUUGUAUCGACCAGAAGCCAUGGAUGAUUUGCAGCGCUUCUAUGACUUUUACGCUAAAGGACUUCAAAAUGGGUGGGAAACUGAAAUGCCCAGAGUUAGACUUACUCUUAUUGGGUACGAUGGGAGCUAUGCGAAGACAGUAGAGGAGCGUCCUGAGAAGCAAUGGCCGCCUGCGUCUCAACAUAGCGUUCGGUACUAUCUGGAUGCAAGCAACAAGGCUUUGGUUUCUGCACAGCCUGCUGUAUCCAGUUUCGUUGCACACGAGAGUCAUUCACUGAGCGAUUGUUCGGACUUUGUUUUACAUUUCGAUAAGUACACAGAGCUCUGUGGCCGUCCCUUUGUAAAACUAUACAUGUCCUGCAACUCGUCCGACGAAAUGGACGUGGUGGUGCAAAUUCGCAAAGUCUCUGCAUCAGGCAAGCUCCUCGAAUCCCUGAACUGGUCACCAAUGCCGAAGCCCCAACCAGAAGUCCCCGAUGUCAAUAUCGCCAAACAUCUCGGGCAGCAAGGAAUGCUUCGAGCAUCUCACCAUGUCAGUCUCCGUCCUCGACAGAACGAUGAUGAGUUCCCGGUGUAUGACCAUGAUCGACGGGAGCCUAUUCCUGUUGAUGCGGUUGUUCCGUUGCUCAUUCCCAUAUGGCCGGUUGGAAUGGUAUUCGAGGCUGGAGAGGGAUUGGUACUUCGUGUGUCUGGGCAUGAUAUGUCGCUACCAGAGGUAGAGAUGAUGAGGUUGAAGGAACCAGUGGAUGAAAAUCGGGGGAAGCACACGAUCUAUACGGGUGGUGACUAUGCUAGCUGCUUGGUUCUUCCAUUUAUUUGA